AUGCUCACCCAGCUGCCCUUGUCUUUUCCUGUACCUCCUCCCCUACUUCCCAAACUACUCCGUGCGGGAGUCAAUGGCGCCAUCGCGGAACGUGUAUCUGCCGCCGUUGCGCAUUCCAUUCAACGCUUGAAGGGCGUCUUCGAGAUCGACUACAAUCGACGACUCAUCGCGAUCCGGUCCGACACUGCCCUCCUACGGGGUCAAAAUACCCUAUCAUUCAUCCCUGCGACGUAUACUGCAGUCUACCGAAGAGCUGUGUCCAAUUGGUCGUCGUACGUCCUCAACGUCCUAGCACCCCGGGUCCUACGAGUGCAAGUGGCUAGCAAGCAAAUCACCGCUCCAGUGAACGCGCCACGGCGAAAACCUUUCAACCAGGAGGCAGUGCCGAAACUUGAACGGUUCUUUGAGCAGAAUGCUUUCCCGUCACGGCUAGAGAAGAUGGAGUUGGCUACCGAAAGCAAUAUGGAAUACAGACAGAUACACGUCUGGUUCCAGAACCGCCGGAGCCGCUUCAAAAAAGAAGGGAAGGUGCUGCCGAAAUCGGUCCAGCGGGGGACACUAUUGGAAGAGCUCGAAAACACCGUCGUCGAGUGCCUUCUUCCCGCUUGCCCUGAGGCUGUCGAUGAUGAUGACAAUGAUGCGCCUCUUGUGACCAGUUGCGAAGACGUUGCCUACGUCUCUGCUAUCGGGCCCGCUUCCGCAACGAAAGAAGCGAACACUUCCCCGUCGCUUUCCGGCACGACCGCCGUCGCUCGCCCCUUCCCACCCCUUCGCUCUAUCACAGACGUCUUCUUUUCCUACUGCCAGUUCACCCUCAUCUCGAACUUCGUCGAGGGUGUCUUCAGGCGCGUCAUCGUCUUCACCAUCGACUGGGUCGAGUAG